CUUCCAUGACUUGUACGGCCUUCAAUCUCACCACCAGCCCCCUUCUCCCUUCAAGACCGACCCGACUCCGAAACCCGCACCCGACCCUCCAUCCUUUCCGUUUCACCCCCAAGCCGAAACGAUGCCGUUUCUCCCCAAACGCCACCUCCUUGGACCUCCCGCUCCUCCCCUUCACCUUGACCGAGGUUCUGGUUCCAUCUGAGUGUAAAACGCUUCAUCUAUAUGAAGCAAGAUACCUUGCUCUACUAGAGGAGUCAUUGUCGAAGAGCAAGAAGUUCUUUGUGCAUUUUGUGCUGGAUCCUAUCAUUGUUGAUGAUUCAUUGGAAGAAGCAUCGUUUGCAGCCAGAAAUGGUUGUUUGGUAUUUAUAGAGAAUGUUGAGAGAUUAGAAGUGGGAGCAUUAGUCUCUAUAAGAGGAAUCGGUCGUGUAAAGAUUAUCAAAUUCUUGCAAGCAGAUCCGUACUUGAAAGGUGUUGUCAUACCCGUGCACGACACGCUACCUGACAACAUAAGCAGAUUAAACCCCAAAGUUAUGCAAGUAAAAGAGGCUCUAUGCAGUUUAAAUAGUUUGGAAAUCAAACUAAAGGCUCCAAAGGAGGCACCUUUGCAGACUCAAAUUGCCAACUCUCUGAUGUGGGCGGAAAAGGAACUACAAGUGGACUGUGAUGAAACUUUCUUUCCUUCCUUGGCUGAGCGUGUAUCCUUUGCGGCACUUCAGCCUGUAUCAGGAUCAAGUCAAUCAGAACUUCUGAAACUGCAGCAAGAGAAAUUAAAGGCAAUGGAGCUGAAAGACACAAUGCAUAGGCUAGAUAGUUCAUUACAAUUCGUCAAAGAUAAUAUCUCCAUGGUUGCAGCCAAGCUUGCUAUACAAUCAGUGGAGAUGAAGUGAGUUGUAAGAGGUUGAAUCAUACAUGAAACUCCAUUGACUGUGUCAGCCAACAUGCCUCUUAUCUGUGAUCGUCGUUUACUGUCCGAUUAGGUAGCUGAAGCAUGUGGUUUAGCUACCGAUCAGAUGGUAAUACCUUUCUUGUUCCAUUUUGUUCUUCUGUAAUUUAUUCAUUUUUCAAAUCAAAACCCAAAUACUACUUUUUUUAGUUUUAGAGGAUGGAAUGCAGAGUUGGAAACUAUUUCCAAGUAAAUUGUAGAUAAAUUGUGGGUUUACGGUUUCAUGUCCAUUCA